GGAUUAGUAUUGACUUAUUUUGGGGAUUUUUAUUGCGGCUUUAUUUUGGGGUUUGCUAUGAUGGGUUUCUGGAAAAAGCUGGAAUUUGUGUCAUUCUCAGUCUGGGUUUGAGCAAAAAGAUAUGGGAUUUUGAUAUUUCUUUUCAAGAUUCUGGGUUUUGGAAAGGAUGUUCAGGUGGGGUUUCCUUUUUAGUUGAAAAAUUGAAAUUAGAGGAUCUGAAUUUUGUGCCAAAAAGGGGAGGAGUUGGGGGAUGAUGGAUAACAGUAACUCCAAGACCAUUGUGUGGUUUAGGAGGGAUUUGAGGAUUGAGGACAAUCCUGCUUUUGCCACUGCUGCUAGAGAUGGGAGUGUAUUCCCAGUUUUUAUAUGGUGCCCUAAAGAAGAAGGGCAAUUCUACCCUGGAAGGGUUUCAAGGUGGUGGCUCAAACAGUCUCUCAUUCACUUGGACCAGUCUUUGAGGUCCCUUGGAGCUGAAUUGGUGCUCAUCAAAGCUGAUAAUACUCUUGAUGCCCUCCUGGAAUGCAUAGCUGCUGUUAAGGCAACAAAAGUUGUCUAUAAUCAUCUCUAUGAUCCUAUUUCUGUUGUGCGUGAUCACAGCAUCAAACAAAAAUUAGGGGAGCUCGGUUAUUCUGUACAAAGCUACAACGCGGAGUUGUUGAAUGAACCGUGGGAAGUUUAUGACGAUGAUGGGAAAGUGUAUACAAGAUUUGAUGCGUAUUGGGAGAAGUGCUUGAACCAGAACAAGGAACCGGUUUCACAUCUACCUCCAUGGCGAUUAAUGGCAGCUGCUGGGUCAGUUAAGAAGCUCUCGAUCGAGGAAUUGGGUCUUGAAAAUGAAGCAGAAAAGUCUAGUAAUGCCUUACUGGGAAGGGGAUGGAGACCGGGGUGGAGUAAUGGCGAUAAAGCUCUAACCGAGUUUAUAGAACAUCAUUUGCUUGACUACUCAAAAAGUAGGAUCAAAGUCGGGGGGAAUUCUACAUCUCUUUUGUCCCCUUAUCUUCAUUUCGGGGAAUUAAGCGUGAGAAAAGUAUUCCAUUCCGUGCACAUGAAGCGUAUACUCUGGGCAAGAGAAGGGAACUCGACAGGAGAAGAAAGCGCAAAUCUUUUCCUUAGAGCUAUUGGGCUACGAGAAUUUUCCCGCUACAUCUGUUUUAACUUCCCGUUUACUCACGAACGAUCGUUAUUGACCAACCUGAAAUACUUCCCUUGGAAUGCUGAUCAGUCCCGGUUUAAGGCUUGGAGGCAGGGUCGGACCGGGUAUCCUUUAGUCGAUGCGGGAAUGAGAGAGCUAUGGGCUACUGGAUGGGUUCAUAAUAAAAUACGAGUUAUUGUUUCGAGUUUCUCUGUGAAAUUUCUUCUGCUGCCAUGGCAAUGGGGUAUGAAGUAUUUUUGGGAUACUCUUCUUGAUGCAGACUUGGAAAGCGAUAUUCUUGGAUGGCAGUAUAUAUCCGGCAGCUUACCAGACGGGCAUGAGCUCGAGCGCCUAGAUAGCCCCGAGAUCCAGGGGUUCAACUAUGAUUCCGAGGGUGAAUAUGUAAGGCAUUGGCUGCCCGAGCUUGCGAGAGUACCAACCGAGUGGAUUCAUCAUCCUUGGGAUGCGCCUUCGAGCGUGCUCAAGGCUGCUGGCGUGGAGCUCGGUUUGAACUAUCCGAACCCCAUAAUCAAUGUAGAUGUGGCGAGGGAACGCCUAACUGAAGCUAUAUUCAUCAUGCGGGGAACUGAAUCUGCUGCAACUGCGAAGAAUUCUAAUGGGGCGGGCGAAGUUGUGUUUGACAACUCUGACUGUAACGCGAGUUUGGCCAUCCCGAAAGCCAUUCCAAAGGAGAAGGCUCCUCCUUGUCCUAGCAGCUCGUCUCAUGAUCAGAAGGUGCCAUCUUUUCAUAAUGGGGUUGUGAAUAAAAAGAGACCAAAGCCCGAAGAAGAAGAGGAAAGGCCGGUGAAAGAUGAUGACAUCCAUUGCCAAAAGAACGAAGGGGCGACCUCGAAGAUGGACGAUGACUUGUGCUCUACAGCCGAAUCUUCUUCAAUGAAGAAGCAGAAUACCGCGACUAGCAGUUAUUCGUUUUCUGUUCCCGAAGCCAUUUCAAUUACAACUAGUGGGAAGUCUUUCGAGGAUAACGAAUCGUAUGAUAUUAGGCUUCAAAGGCUAAAGGAUUGUGAAAUUGGUGAAACUUCAAGCAAAAUAGGAUCUUUUGGAGGUGGAGACCCUUGAAAUGAAAACUGAGAACAGAUGGUUCAAUGCUGGAAAGUUGCACUUUUUUUUUUUUUAAUUUUUUUUUUAGUUGAGUUAUAAAUAUCCCUAAAUAUUAUGUAUUCUACAUGUAACAUAUAUUUAGUAUUUAAUGUACACUGUUUCUCCAGCUGC